AUGGAUGUAGAUGUUCCAUGGUUAUCCUCCAAGUACCUAAGCACACAUAGUGUUUCCGUUGGAGGUAGUAGCCAUGUCUCGUGCAUAGAAAGUGGCAGUUCGGAUAGGAGCGAGUUCACCUUAUCUUCGAUAGCCUUUGUUCGGGCUCUUUUCAUGGGUACAAGUGGUGUCGUGGGAGACGUAGGUUGGUCCAUGGGGAUGACCUUGGGAUGCUCCGCAUCAAUCAAGGAGGAGGCGGCCCUCUGGGCCAGAGCCGGAGCGCUGGGGCUUCGCGCCCUCACCCCCAAACCUGGGAUGUACACUGAUUUCGCGCUUUUGCAUUUAGUGGAUGCCACUCGGGAAGUGAAGGGACAGCCUUCUGACAAUGUGCGUUCAGUGAGAGAAGACGUUCUCGUCGACGACGAAAGCAUCUUUGGCGAUUUUAUCAAUCUCAAGAUGAUGUGUCGGCUCAGCUUCUCGGAGGUGCUCAUAAGGAUAGGAUAUGCAUAUCUGAGAUCGAGCGGGGCCGUGUCAACAUUGCGCUGGUUUUUCUUGGGCGCUGUGUUCCCUAGGUGUUGCAUACUGGCAGUGGAAACAAGAAUGCGUUUAAGGCACCUCAUUGCCGCUGAAUACAGCGGCGUCAAUGUUGAGUUGGUGAAGGAUUUUCAGAUGGGUGUCUCCAACCAUACUCCAGACUUUCUCAAGAUGAAUCCUAUCGGAAAGGUUCCUGUUCUUGAGACUCCUGACGGUCCUGUUUUUGAGAGCAAUGCUAUCGCACGAUAUGGCUUCUGGGACAUGUAUGACCCGGAGGGCUACUCCCUGUGGUUCUGCGACUUCAAGUACAACGAGGAGAACACCGUGUCCUUCGUGACCAUGAACAAGGUGGGUGGAUUCCUGCUGCGUAUGGACCUGUGCCGCAAGUACGCCUUUGGGAAGAUGCUUGUGAUAGGCUCCGAGCCACCUUUCAAGGUCAAGGGGCUUUGGCUCUUCCGUGGCCCUAAGAUCCCCAAGUUUGUCAUGGAGGAGGUGUACGACAUGGCCCUCUAUGACUGGGCGAAGGUUGAUCUCUCUGAUGCGGCGCAGAAGGAGCGCGUCAGCGCCAUGAUCGAGGACCUGGAGCCGUUUGAGGGCGAGGCGCUGCUGGAUGCGAAAUGCUUCAAGUGAUCUAUUCUCUUUGCGUUGUGGGGCUGAGAUGAGCUGUUUAGGUUUUGGUCAUCGUUAGUUAAAAAUUAGUUCAUACUACCUGGUUGUACUA